AUGCUACUUCCAAUACAGGAAAAUCGGCCCGAAAUUGAAAGAUUAGUUCGUGAAAAUCAAGUACUUGUUUUAUCAAGCGAAACUGGAACUGGGAAGACUACCCAGGUACCCAGAUACAUAUACGAAAUGUUUAAAGAGUCCGUUGUGUGCUCGCAACCACGUCGUAUCGCUGCCAUCAGUAUUGCCCGCCGCGUAUCUGAAGAGAUAGGCACUCCUCUAGGCAGUCUGGUAGGGUAUAGUGUCCGGUUUGAAGAACGUACUUCUGAGCAGACAAUGAUCCGCUAUGUCACUGACGGGACUUUACUGCGCGACUUUAUCGAUGAUCCUCUGGUAAAGAAGUACAAAGCAGUUAUCAUUGAUGAAGUUCAUGAACGGACGAUCAACAUAGAUUUACUUUUAGGUCUAGUUAAAGAUGCCAUUAGAGAUAGGCCCGAUUUAAAGAUUAUUAUUAUGAGUGCAACAAUGGCGACUGAGAAGUUCUUGACUUACUUACCCGGUUCAGCUACUUUUCAUAUCAAGAGUCGCUCUUACCCCAUUGAUCUAAAGUACACGCCCUUAUCUAGUCAUGAGAAGUAUGUAGAGAAGGCUAUUAAAACAGUUAUUGAUAUUCACAAUACUCAGCCGCCGGGUGAUAUUCUGGUCUUUCUUACGGGUGAGGAUGAGAUUGAAACGUGCUGUCGUGAGAUUAGUUCAUUACAGAGAUCUUUUAAGAAUAAGUUGGUUCCUUUGCCUCUGUACUCUUCACUGCCUCUUUAUGCCCAAAAUGCUAUCUUUGAGGAUAAGGGAGGACGUAAGGUUAUUUUUGCUACUAAUAUAGCCGAGACUUCUAUUACGAUAGAGAGUAUUGUUUAUGUGAUAGAUUGUGGGUACUCAAAACAGAAAGUUUUUGAUUCAGCUAUGAAAUCAGAGAUGCUUUUGAAGCUUUUGAUUUCUAAAUCAAGUGCCGAUCAGCGCAAAGGUCGGGCGGGUCGAGUAAGAGCGGGUAUUUGCUACCGGCUUUAUGAAGAAGAGGUCUACCAUAAAAUGGAAGACUUUACUAUUCCUGAGAUUUUACGGGGUGAGUUAUCAUCGUUGGUUUUGAAAAUGGCCCGACUUGGUAUCAAAAACCUAGUUACUUUUGAUUUUAUUGAGCCGCCGUUGCCCGAUUCAGUGAUUGUAGCUCUGAACCAGCUGUACUUCCUAGGCGGAAUAGAUGCUAAUGGGGAAAUCACUGAAGAAGGAGUGCUUAUGGUCGAAUUUCCUUUAGAACCGCGUGAUGCAAAAACCCUUUUGGAAUCCAUUCGGUACUCGGUUGAAGAAGAGAUUGCCACUUUAGCCGCCAUGACUGGCAACAUGAUUUUUGAUAAGAAAAAGUUCGAUCUAGCCAAUGAGACAAGCGAUCAUUUAGCUUAUUACUUCAUGAUGAAAGAUUAUGAAGAAGCCCGUGAUCGGCGCAGGUUUUGUUAUGACCAUGGUAUCAAUGAGAAGAACAUGGAAAAUGCUAUCAAAUCAAAAAAACAGAUCAAAAGCAUUAUUGAAAAGAUCCGGCCGUACAUUAAACCUCUUCCUUUCGCAGCCGAUUUAGAUAAGACCCAAAGAGUCGAGUCUGCUCUUUUGGGCGGAUACCUUCUCCAAACAGCGAAGUCAACCAAAGAACGCCAGGCAGUUCUAGCUGGUACUGGUGCGCCUGUGCAAAUCCGGCGCCUAGUUCCACCCGUGCGAACUAAUAGCCGGCGCUCCCCCCGAUGCGAUACUUGGGUGUUCUAUCGUGAGCUAACCAAAAUGGACGGCAAGUACGUUAUUAGAAUGGUCAGUAAUGUCUCUUCUACUGUGAUUGAAGGUCUCUUCAAAAAGCAUACUGCCCAGCUCAAAGCUAUCGGAUUCUCUCCAGCCGCGGCCACGUCCUAUUAUAGAUGA